GUCUAUUUGAGACAGUGUGAGGAGACAACUCUGAUAAGCUACAUUCUGUCUGCAUCUACAUGUUAAGUUCAGUGUGGAAACAAGCAUAACUUCCUGAAUCUAAAGAGGAGGCAGACCAUACAUGAUGGCGGUGAUGAUGCAGCUCGUCUCCUUUCUCUCCCUCUUUGUCUCCAUUACAGUGUCUGAUGGGAUUUUUAAACUGGUUAACAGUUCUGUUCAACUGGAUGUACAGACAAAAGAUUAUGAGUUCACCGACUUCACAUGGUCAUUUAACAAAAGUAAAAACAUUGUGAAAUGCUAUAAAAAUUCUCCGAGUAUAGCAUUCACUGAUUAUAAAAACAGAGUGGAGGUGAAUGAGAAAACCCAAAGUCUGACACUGAAGAACUUGCAGAAGACUGAUAGUGGACUCUAUGAAGCAGUGGCAUCUGGUGAACAAAACCGAAUUGUGGCCGAGUACCAAUUAACUGUGUUGGAUCCAGUGGAGAAACCAGUCCACAAUGUCUCGCCCCAGCAAAGCAAUGGCAUCUGUAAUGUGACUCUCAGCUGUGAAGCUCAGAAACUCUCAGUCACCGCUCACUGCUACAGUGACAGAUGUGAUAUGAAGGUAAAAGAAAAGGCUGUAGAUGGGUUCCAUUCCCUCUCACUGUAUGUCAGUAACAGCUUCAUUAUUUGUAAUCAUAGCAACCCAGUCAGCUGGAAAAAUACAACUAUGGAGAUGAAUGUGAAACAAUUCUGCCCUUCCAAUGGUAUAAAAUUCACUGGAAGUAAAGCAGAAAUAAAUGUGUCUGUCACAUCCAGCUCCACCACUGAUCCAGAAGCUACUGCUCUCCAAUCCGCUCUGCAUCCAGCACAGACUUUAUAAUGAACUAAUUCACCUCAACACGAACCCACCUGUUUCCUGAUUUCAGUCAUGAUACAGAGUAGCUACUGAAGAUGCGCCUUUUCACUUACUCUUUGCUAUGAUUUGUUUUCUUUGUAAAUUCAUUUCUGAGAGUUUUUCAGGUUUUUUUUCUGGCUUUUGUUUGACCAUGUUCA